AGCAAAACACGCCGAAGCAACAACCGACGUUCACAUACACACGAACAACAAAACACAUAGCCAAACGCGGUUUUACGUUGUAUUCUCUUUCCCCACCCCCUUCUUUGCUUGUGGUGUGUCUUUGUCUUUGCCUUGUUGGAAUUGCUCCCCCACGAGCCGGAACACUUAUUAUUCCUUCACAAUGGAGUUCCACAUCAUUUCCAACAGGGGCGACAAGACGACGCUGUGCAUUGAUGACGAGAUGACAGUAGGAGACGUGCGCGGGGUGGCGGCGGCGAUGCUGGACGCGCCGGAGGACCGCGUAAUGACCAUGUCGCUGGGCGGCAAGCUUCUCACGGACGACGCCGAAGCCUGGGUCGACCUGUGUGCCCGCCUCUUCCGCAGUCAGCAGCCAGCGCCGAUGCAGCGCAAAAUAUUCUGCAACCUGACGGACAAGCCCGUGACGGAGAUGCAGAGCGGAGAGGUGAUGCGGAUGUUCGGGUCGAAGGAGGAGCGCAAGCUGGAGAUGGAGAAGGAGCGACAAUCCACGGAGGCGAUGGAGUCGAUGGUGGAGUCGCUCUCGCAGAACCCGGCGCUGCUGGAAAGUAUACUGCGCUUGAACCCGCAGAUUGAGAAGAUGCAGAAGAAGUCGCCGGAGAUGGCACGCAUGCUGAAGGAUCCGGAAAUGUUGAAGACGAUUCUUAUGUCCUCCGUCAAUCCGGAGCGGAGGAAAGAGAUGGAGCGCAGCGCGGAGCUGCAGCUGGCGCAGAUCUCGGCCAUGCCAGGCGGACAGCAGGCGAUCAACCAUUUCAUGGACCAGAUGAACGCGGACGGGGGGGAAGAGGAGACGGAGAACGAGCGGGCCAUCCGCAUCGGCACCUCCGCUCCCGCCGACACGAACGACCGCGUCUACACGCCCGAUCCGACGAAGGAGGCGAAUAACGACCCGCUGCCGAACCCGUGGGCUGCCGCAGGCGUCGGCGCCUCCGCUGCUGCUGCGGGUGCGGCGGCGAACCCCUACGGUGCAAUGGGAGGCGGCGGGAUGACCCCCGGUAACCCCUUUGGCUUCUUCCCACCCGCUGCGCCAAAUGCGACGGCGGCAGGCCCUUCCUCCUCCCCAUCGUUUCCUUCUCUGCCGUUUGGGAGCCAAGACCCUGCGACGAUGCAGGCCGUGUGGAUGAUGAUGAUGCAAUCCAUGAGUAACACCAACGGCGCUGCGCCGGCCGCUACAGCAUCACCGUCCCAGGCCGUACAGGUGGAAUCAGCAGAUCCAGAGGCACAGGCGUCCGCUGAACCGGUCUCAGUUGUGUCGGAGGAAACCAUUCAGGCGGGUUUAGCAGCGCUGCGUGAAAUGGGCUUUGAGGACGAGGCCAUGUGCCGAGAGGCGCUACAGGCCACUGGAGGAGACGUAGAGGCCGCCGUGGAUUACAUUGCCGAUCACGAAAGCGAAAAAUGA